UUUAAUAAUUUAAUUAUUAAAAAUGACGAGUUAUACGUGUUUUCAACAACAAUACGAUCUUAUUGAUUCUGAAGGCUAUGGUUCAGCAAGUAGUCCAGAAUCAAAUCCAAGAAAUUAUUGGCAAGGACAAGAAAUAUAUCCACAACCACCAAGAUCAAGAGGUAGUUGUUGUGGAAGUAUUAGUUCAAUUGACAGUCAAAAUCAUCAAGAGUAUCCUGGUACAACAACAACACCAACAAUAAAUAAAAUACCAUCAUCAACAGUAUUAUCAACAGCAACAACAACAACAACAACAAAUACAAUGUUUCCUGGUGUUGGUGGUAGUUUUAAUUUUGCUGAAUUUUACGAGGGUUAUAAUCGUGAAGCAGCAAAGUGUCAUGAAAUACCAGAUGAUAAAUUAAAUAUACGUAGUGAUUAUGAUAAUUAUGAUGUUAAUUUUAUUAGUAAUAAUAAUAAUAAUAAUAAUAAAACAUAUGGACAUUAUAAUCAAAAAAAUAUAAAUAAUAGUAAUCAAAAUCAUAAUCAAAUAAAUGAUGAUUAUAUGAUGAAACAAAGUGGUAUUGUUUAUCAAGAAACACCAAUUAAAAUGUUGAAUAAUCAAAGUGGAUUUAUCAACAAAACUGAUGGAUUAUUUGUUGAUGAUACAUAUGAUAAUCAAAGAAUUAAUUAUGACAGAACAAGAUGUAAUAAUGAAACAACAAUAACAACAGCAUUAUCAACAUCAGCAUCAACAUCAUCAUCAUCAACAACAACAACUUCAUCAUCAAUAACAAAUUAUAAUACUGAGGAUGAUGAUACAAUGAUGACUGAUCAAUAUGAACAAUAUAUUAUAAAAAAUAAUAGCAAAGAUAACAAUUGUAGUAAUCAUAAAAUUAAAAGUGUAACACCUGGUAUUGAAGUUAUGAGAAAAAGAAGACUUGCUGCAAAUGCACGUGAAAGAAGACGUAUGAAUAGUUUAAAUGAUGCAUUUGAUAAAUUACGUGAUGUUGUACCAAGUCUUGGUAAUGAUAGAAAAUUAAGUAAAUUUGAAACACUUCAAAUGGCACAAACUUAUAUCUCUGCACUUUAUGAAUUAUUACAACGAGAGUGAUAAUAAUCAUUCAAUUUUUUUUUUUAUCAAAUUUAUAUUUAAUAAUGAUUCAAUUGUUUUUUUAUUUUUUAAUUGACUAAAUUUAUUGUGAUGAUUCAUUUGACUUGAUUGUUAGA